AUGCAGACCUCCAGAUUCCAAUCGAUCCGCUCCCGGUUCUCCCCCGCGGGGAUCCGCACAUCACUCCGCCGGGCCUCGUCGGCUUCGUGGAGAUCCGACAGCUCAAGCAACUCCUUCAUGUCCACCGGCUCGCCGGUAGAAACCAUCAACAGCGUCAUGUUCCGCCAACCAUCCAUCGUCGGCAUGGUAGAAGAGAAGAAGAGCUUUGCCGAAGAGCUCAACCUUCUCGAGCCGCGUCCCAUUGUCUACUGGGGCGGCCUCGAGGAGCGCAUGGGGUCUUUUUGA